GGAGAGAGGAGCAGCUGGAGUGAGGACGCUGGUGCUGGGCUUAUUUUUCGGUGUAGUUGGCGGGUUACAGGAGAGGAGGUGACGGUGACCGGCAGUGAGGUAACAUAAGGAGCUGGAGUUACAAUAAGAAUAGAAGACAAGGCUGUGGAAAGAGACGACGUGGAAAGGCUCCUUGUUCCCUGAUCUAGCCAACUAAAGAUAUAAUUUCUUCUUAAGGCUCUGGAGGGUUCAAAAAACAUUUUUCAUUUUCUGGAUAGUAGUUUUUAUCUACUACAUGAUGAGUCUCACAAGAGAGAGACCACAUCUGUGCUCCGAGUGUGACAAAAGCUUUACACAUAAAUCAUAUCUUAUCAUACAUCAGAGGAGUCACACAGGAGAGAAACCUUUUGCAUGUUCUGAAUGUAGCAAGUGUUUUUCCCAGAAGUCACAUCUUGUUACACAUCAGAGGAUUCACACAGGAGAGAAACCAAAUCUGUGUUCUGAGUGUGACAAAAGCUUUACACUUAAAUCACAGCUUCUCAGACAUCAGAGGAGUCACACUGGAGAUAAACCACAUCUGUGCUCUGAGUGUGACAGAAGCUUUACACUUAAAUCACAUCUUAUCAUGCAUCAGAGGAUUCACACAGGAGAGAAACCAUAUCUGUGCUCUGAGUGUGACAGAAGCUUUACAUGUAACGCACAUCUUCUCAUACAUCAGUGGAGUCACACAGGAGAGAAACCACAUCUGUGCUCUGAGUGUGACAGAAGCUUUAAACGUAAAUCACAUCUUCUCAUACAUCAGAGGAGUCACACAGGAGAGAAACCACAUCUGUGCUCUGAGUGUAACAGAAGCUUUACACGUGAACCACAUCUUCUCAGACAUCAGAGAAUUCACACCGGAGAGAAACCAUUUAUAUGUUCUGAAUGCAGCAAGUGUUUUUCUCAGAAGUCAAAUCUUGUUAUACAUCAGAGGAGUCACACAGGAGAGAAACCAUUUAUAUGUUCUGAAUGCAGCAAGUGUUUUUCCCAGAAGGCACAUCUUGUUAUACAUCAGCGGAGUCACACAGGAGAGAAACCAUUUAUAUGUUCUGAAUGUAGCAAGUGUUUUACCCAGAAGGCAGAGCUUGUUCUACAUCAGAGGAGUCACACAGAAGAGAAACCAUUUAUAUGUUCUGAAUGUAGCAAGUGUUUUUCCCAGAAGUCAGAGCUUGUUAUACAUCAGAGGAGUCACACAGGAGAGAGACCAUUUACAUGUUCUGAAUGUAGGAAGUGUUUUCUCCAGAAGUCAUCUCUUGUUAUACAUCAGAGGAUUCACACAGGAGAGAAACCAUUUGAAUGUUCUGAAUGUAGGAAGUGUUUUUCCCAAAAGUCACUUCUUACUAUACAUAAGAGGAGUCACACAGGAGAGAAACCAUUUAUAUGUUCUGAAUGCAGCAAAUGUUUUUCCCGGAAGUCACAUCUUCUCCUGCAUCAGAGGAGUCACACAGGACUCCUGGUUGCUUGAGAUUUUCAACCGACAACCGUUAUAUAUUUACUAAAUAUAAGUUUUUCAAAGCCACUGAUUCUCACUGUCUAUGAUCGCUGGAUGUUAAAGGGCAGUAAUAAUACAUGUAAAUUCAGGCUUGUUUUGCUUGUAUUUCUAUUGCCCUUUAAAUCCAGCACACAAAU